AUGACGGAUCUAGCCUCACCUCCCCCUCCUCAGCCUUCCUCGACCACCAAAUCCUCUCUCACGACCUCCUUCUUCGCCUACCCCGCAGCGUCCUCCCCAGACAUCAUCCGCUCCCACCAAAAAGACAUCUACCUGACCUCUAACCUCUCGACCUCCCUCACAGACCUAACUCGUCGUUUUUACGGCGCGCGUUUCGCGCACAACUACUCUGCCACCCUUCAAUGUCUCUCUGAACUCCUCUACUUUUCCCUCACAACUCUGGUGGGAAAUAGGACGUUAGGGGAGGAAUAUGUGGAUGUCACUCAGGUGGAGGCGAGGACUGGGAAGUUGCCGGGCGUGGAGAAACGAGCGGGGUAUAUCUUCAGUGCUGUAUUGGUGCCCUACUUGCUGGGUAAGGCUCUACCGCGGGUGAGGAGCAGGGUGAGAGAAUCAUUGGAGGCGAGCCUGGCGAAGAGCGAAGGGCAGGAGGACGGGAGCAGUCAGCGAAAGAGAAGGAGGAAAUUGCAGAGGUAUCUGCUCCAGAACCUUGGUGCGCUCACUUCGACGGCGCCGGUGUACGCGAUCAGCCUAGCUGUGUUCUACUUCUCGGGUAGCUACUAUCACCUCAGCAAACGCCUUUGGGGGCUACGAUACGUGUUCUCGAAGAAGCUGGCGCCGAGCGAGCAAAGAGCCGGAUACGAGGUGUUGGGAGUGUUGCUGGUGAUGCAAAUCGCUGUGCAGACAUACCUGCAUGUGCAGGAAAUGGUUUCAUCCAGUGUGGAUGAGAAGGGUGUGGAGGUUGCGGAAACGAGGCCGGCAGAUAGCAAGACUCGAAUCGCAAUGAGCACACAUACACCAUUGCCACCUACCGAUGAAGCCCGUUACGAUCUUGCCGAGGAGAGCCGGCUGGGAUGGUUGCAACCACAGCAGCAGAGGAAGUGCACGCUGUGUCUGGAGCCAAUGAAGGACCCGAGUGUGACGACCUGCGGACAUGUUUUCUGCUGGACAUGCAUCCUGGAUUGGGUCCGAGAGCGACAGGACUGUCCCUUAUGUCGGCAGGCCACGCUUGCACAACAUGUCUUACCGCUGAGAGGCUGA